UACAUUUGGUUUACAUUUUAUCUGUUGACUAGUUUUUUUUUAAAGUGAUAAUGUUCUUUUUUUAAAACAAGGUGUAUUAGUGUUAGUGGUCGUCAAUAAAUCAACCUGUAUUAUUGAUUAGGGUUGUUACCAAAAACGAGUAGUAACAAUGGUGACGUCACUAUGCAGCAGUCAAUACCUCUACCUCACGACCUUCGUCGUUCUGUCGUGGAUAUCUGUUGCGGCAAGCAUAGACUGUUUCAAGUGCGUGUCUAUGAACGGCAAGUACCCGCAGUGCGACGACCCCUUCCACAACAACCACUCGCUGAACAUCCUGGAGUCGCCGUGCAUGGGGGGGAGGAAGGGGAGAGAUGGACUCUUCCCGGCCACGUCGUGCAUCAAGAUCGCAGGAGUGUUUGAUGACACCGGCGAGACGAUCACCGUGCGUGGCUGCGGACUCGACUCGGGCACGGCGACCACCGACACGGAGAUAAUACGCAUGUCGCACUGCGGCAGGUUUUAUUACAACGACAGAUACGUCCACGGCUGCCUUCAGAGUUGUAACGACGCAGAUGCCUGCAAUUCUUCCUGCCAAAUAACCUCGAAUGUAGCCUUCAUUUUUAUUUUAACCCUCAUUUCGUUUUCAUCCCUCAUUUCGUUGUCUACCCUCAUACAAAUGCAGAGCUAACAGAGACAGAAUGUUCUCAUCUAAAUAAAUCUUGCUUUGUAAAAACGUAAUGAAAAUGUAUUAUUUAAUACGUCUAUGUUGUAAGUUUUAUAAUUUUUCAUGCCUUGUUAGAUUCGGAGCGGUUUUAGAGUCCCAUUCAUGAAAGAAAUCCCGCGGCUAAAACAUGAACUAAAAUUGACAGCGCCUUACACAAAUGACAUUAAGACCACCAAUUACCUGACAUUAGCGUCGCGUCUGGGGGACUUCUUUCAUGAAAAGAACUAUACUAUGACAGUAAGCGGCCAUUUUGCAAUAUUUCAUUAUUUUGGAUACUUGUACUAUAUUAUUUCAAUAUUGAAAAUUUUCGAUUACCUGCGCUUUAAAUUUGUAAAAUAGUUUAAAAAAAGACAAGCAUGGUAAAAAAUAUUUAUGAGUAUUUAGAAUUCUUUUCAUAUUUUCAUGAAUUAAAACUUGGAUUUAUAGCUUGUUAUUAAAAUAUUUUUAAUUUUGCAUAAAUUCGAUCUUGCAUAGAGUUAUAUGCUGCUUGGAUACAUUUUAACUAUUUAAAGAGUUAGGUUGAGUUAAUUUAAGUAAGAGUGUAACACAAAAGGGUACAAAUACCUAACCAAAAGAAGGUAAAAAAUAAAUCACUCAAUCGACCAUAUUUUGGUCGACACACAGUUGGGGUGAUUUUGACAUCGACCAUAUUUUGGUCGAUUCACAGUGGAGUGACAGCUAGUUUUUCAUAUUUAUUGUAUAUUUUACUGGCACUGCGACAGCGACGUUGCCGAAGGGUGCGAUCAUAGAAGCUCUGCCAAAGUUGAGGUUUGGGCUAGAAGAGUGCAGAUGGAAACAAACGACUAUAAGGGCAUCUCCUUUGAGACUUGGACCUCGGCUUAGAGGGACGUAGUUUAGGGAACUUACAAAAUGUUAAAACACACAAUGCAAGAAACCUUUGUAACUUUAAUUUUAAGUUUUUACUUUUAUUGCCACCAUUACCUAAUAAUAUUUACGUUUCAAAUGUGCUUAGAAACGAAACAUAAUGGGGAUGAUAGGUUUGAAUAUAUUGAUUUUUAUAAUAAAUUCAGGUAAAUAAGGUCAAUGUUAACUAAUUUAUACAUAAAAAGCAAAGAUUGACUGGAUAAUUGCAAAAUAACUAAGAUUAUAAAAUUUCAAAAUCUAUUAAAAAUCUUUUAUCGUAACUAGAUGAAAAUUCAUACAGUUUUAGCUUCCUUACAUUAAAUGUGACAUUUUUUAAUAUGUGGACUAUAAACAUAAACACAGAAAUAACAAAGAUAUUAGUAACUUUGUGUUAACGCCCAUACAAAUCUAACGAUCAUAAGUGCCAUUUUGUAUGGGGCGUUUUUUAGGGACUCGCGGCAGCGCCGCAAAUCUGACCCUUUAAAUCCUUGUAGCUCCGAAAGUAAUGAUCGCAGACACCCUGUUACUUUUACAAAAUUUCUUUACUAUUAGCAUACACUUAAUUUAUAUACAAUUUAAAAAACUGUCAUCAUCCCUAUUGAAAUUAAUUAAAUUUGACUUUUGACAGUUUUGACAAGAAAAAUGGCCGCUAAACUAUACUCAUGGUAACGCCGCAUAUGAUUUAAUGUAAAAUUAAAGUACUUCUGUGUAUAUUGCUAGACCAGCUGUUACAGAUUUGUUCAUGCAACCCGAAACUAUGAUGAAUCCAAUCAGUUAGGUACUCUAGUAGUAUACACAGAAGUAUUUCGCAAAAUAUACGAUAAGGUGUGUACGAGUAAGAUUCGAAUUGUUCCAUUAUCGCAAAUCAUAUCAUAAAGUCUACCAUAUCGUACAUUUAGUUUUAGUUAGAAUCUGUAGGUUAGUUAACAACGACCAAAGAUCAUGUUGAUGUUAUAUUUGUUGAGUUUUGUUGCUAUUAUUAUAAUAAUAUUAUACUGGAGUUUGCUCGCAGCAAAUAUCUACGCCCUAUUUGAGUCCACUGAUAUCUUUUCCUGCGCCCGUCUGUAGGCCUUAAAUCCGCAUCACGACAUGUCCAUCUCUCGAGACGAAAGAAAGACGAAUUUUGACCAAUAGUGAUGGAACCCAGAAGCUAUAUCUUUCUUUGCGUCGGGCCGAAAACUCAGACUAAUUACAUAAGUAUGCCCGACUAGUUUCGAACCCAUACGGUGCCCUUAGUCAUGAGCUAGUUCUUGCAACGCGGCACGAUCCAAACUAUGGAUCAUGCCGCAUACUUCGAUCUUAUAUCACGUGAAUUUUAGCGGUGUUACAUAAUCAAUUAAUAUAAAUAACACUCACGAUAGUUUAAAUUCUAAAAUAAUUACAUAAGGACUAGUAUCGCACCCUAAUUCACGAACAAAAUAGUCUGUAAUUUUUUGAUGCAGACAGGCUUUGAUUAGGUGUAUAUCUUUUACCAAACUAGAAGUUGUUGACCGUUUUUACACCAUUCAGCUACACAAAAAAGUAUUUUUACGCAACUCUUUACACGACGAACACGAUUACAACUAAAUCAUCGAUUCUUUAAAGAAAAUUUUUAUAAAUGCAAAAGACCGUUAUAUACUUUGGCAGGGUAACGUCUACCGAGGCAGGUUCUUAUGUAAUUAGUCUGAGGCUCAAAGAUAUGGAACUGAUAUAGUCCCGGUGUCGCUAAUAUUAUUUGUUUUUACUUCUCUUCACGAGAUAUACAGGGUGCUCGGGAGUAUUUUCCAUAACUUCUAGAUGUUGACGAAUUCACUUAAAGGAGCCGAACUGCAUAACUAACAUUUUUUUUAACUAAGAAGAACUUUUUGUUUUCAUUCAAAGUAAUUCAAAUAAUUUCGACUCCUUUAUCUACGUCAUUAUACGUACGUUUGGCUACGUCAUUAAUAAAGGAUUCAUGUAUGGGACACAUUUUAAGAUCUAUUUACAAAAGCAAAAAAAAAUUCGAUAAUAUUCAUUUUAGAACACAUGUUCCUUAAACAUUUUUAAUUAUAUUAAUUGAUUAUGAAACACGG